AUGGCGCCCCGGCGUCCCGCCGAGCUGUACCGGGCGCCGUUCCCGCUCUACACCGUCCGCCUGCACCCGCGGCGGCCCCUCGCCAUCACCGCCGGCGGAGGAGGCGCCGCCAAGACCGGAAUCCGCAAUGGCGUGCACUUCCUGCAGCUGGAGCAGAUCGGGGGGCAGCUCAGCGCCUCGCUGCUGCACUGCCACGACACCGAAACCCGCGCCACCAUGACCAUGGCGCUGGCCGGGGACGUCAUUGCGGCCGGGCAGGACAACAGCUGCCACAUCCUGCGCUUCAGCCUGCAGGAGCCUGAGGGUCCGGGCACCGCCGGGAAAGACGGCAGUGGGGACAAGGGCGCGCGGCGGCGGCGAGGCGCCGGCGGGGGGGCGCAGGGGAGCACGCAGAGCGGGGCCCGCGAGGUGAGGGUGGAGAGCCUGCAGCGAGUGCGCACCGACUUCAGCCCCGACGCCCUGCAGAAGGCCGUGCGCUUCAGUGCCGACGGAGCCCUGCUCGCCACCGGCGGGGCUGACGGCUUCCUGCGCCUCUGGGAGUUCCCCAGCAUGAAGAAGAUGUUGGAGUUCAGAGCCCAUGACGGGGAGAUUGAGGACAUCGCACUGGGCCCUGACAACAAGGUGGUGACAGCAGGGAGGGAUUUCCAGUGCUGCGUGUGGCAGCAGGACCAUCUGGUGACAGGUCUGCGCUGGCACGAGAACCUGCCUGGCAUCCCUGACAAGGCCUAUCGCUACCAGGCCUGCCGGUUUGGGGCCGUGGAGGGCAGUGCCGGGGCUCUGCGGCUCUACACAGUGCAGGUGCCCCACAAGCGGGAGCGCCGCCCCCCGCCCUGCUACCUGACCAAGUGGGAUGGGAAGAGCUUCCUGCCACUGCUGACACGGCCCUGUGGCUCCGAGGUGGUCUCCUGCCUCUCCAUCAGUGAUUCGGGCACCUUCCUGGGGCUGGGCACAGUGACGGGCUCCGUGGCCAUCCACAUUGCCUUCUCACUGCAGGUGAGCUGGGGCAGGGGUGUGGGGCAGCCCUGCUGGGCCCCGAACAGCCCCUCACCUCUUGUGUGCCCCCAGAGAUUGUACUACGUGAAGGAGGCCCAUGGCAUCGUGGUGACCGACGUGGCCUUUGUCCCCGAGAGCCGGCCCGGGCGGGAGCUGCUGGGGGGCCACGAGGCCGCCCUGCUCAGCGUGGCCGUGGACAGCCGCUGCAAACUGCACCUGCUGCCCACCCGCCGCUCCCUCCCUGUCUGGCUGCUGUUGCUGCUCUGUGCCGGGCUCAUCGUGGCCACCAUCUUACUGCUGCAGCUCGCCUUCCCAGGCUUCCUGUAGCCCCCUGGACCCCGGAGGGACCCCUUGGCACCAGGAGCGACCCUCCAGCCUCCACCUACCCCACACAGACUGUGAAGGACAUGAGGGACCACCCCUGGCCCCGCUGUCCCCGCUGGUGUCGGGGAGCAGAUGCGGGUCCAGGGAGCCACGCAGGGCGCUGUCCCUGUGGGACUGUGCUGGCAGCAAUGCAGGGCUGGCCCCGGGACAGGGGGGCUCCUACCCCAGGAGAAGAGGGUCCUGCUGGCCCCCCGCCCUGCUGCUGCCAUUAAACUGGAGCAUG